GAAGAGAUUUCCAUCUUAGAAUAUUGUUGCCCGAAGAUUUGCAACUGAAGAAUGCAAGAUUACUAUGUAGUUGGAAGCUGAGGACAAUACUUAGUGGAUACCAUCAAAUAAUACAACAGAGAAUGAAGCACUCUCCUGAUCUAAUGAGCUUUAUGAUGGAGUUGAAAAUGGUUUUGGAAGUUGCUUUAAAGAAUAAAGAAGAGAUACAUGCACUACCUCCUCCUCCCCAAUUCUACUCAAGCCUUAUUGAAGAGAUAGGAAUUCUUGGUUGGGAUAAACUUGUGUAUGCGGAUUCUUGCUUCAGUACCAUCAAGUUAAAAGCUGAAGAUGCUUCUGGUAGAGAGCAUCUAAUCACUCUCAAGUUGAAGGCAAAGUACCCUGCAGAAUCACCAGAUUGCUUUGUGGAUUUUCCUGUUUCAUUUUCUGUUUCCUGGACACCACAGAGCUCCAUAAUAAGCAUUCAUAGCCAGUUUUUGGCAGCAUUGGAAUCACUGAAGACAUUCUGGGAUGUUAUGGAUGAAAUCGAUGAGAAGACUUGGGUACUUGAGCCAGAAAAACCUACACGGAGUGCAACCACACGCAGAAUUGCAGUAGGGAAUAAUGCUUCAGUACAUGUGGAGGUGGACCCCAGGCACCCUACUAUGCUUCCCGAGUGCUGCUUUCUUGGAGCUGACCAUGUGGUGAAACCUCUGGGAAUUAAGCUGAGCAGAAACAUACAUUUAUGGGAUCCAGAAAAUACUCUAUUACAGAAUUUGAAAGAUGUCUUAGAAAUUGAUUUUCCAGCUCGUGCUAUCCUGGAAAAAUCUGAUUUUUCUAUGGAUUGUGGAAUUUGUUAUGCCUAUCAACUUGAUGGUGCCAUUCCUGACCAAGUGUGUGAUAAUUCCCAGUGUGGACAGCCUUUCCAUCAGAUAUGCUUAUAUGAGUGGUUGAGAGGUCUACAGACAAGUAGACAGAGUUUUAACAUCUUAUUUGGUGAAUGUCCGUAUUGUAGUAAGCCAAUUACCUUGAAAAUGUCUGGGAGGAAGCCCUGAAGUAAGAAUGAAACGUUUCUGUGAAGAACUGGAACUUUAAAAACUAUCAAAAUGAUUUUGCUAUCUUCAAAGAAAAUAUAAAGCAAGACCUACUAACGUCAAAAGACAAAGAAUGGUGAAGCCAUAAUAAUAUACAUCUGCCUUUGUCUCUUCACUAAGGGUAAACUGGGAAAUUACAGGCCAAAAUCCUGUAGAACUUUCUAAGUCUGUGACUUCCAUACCAGCUGAAGCAGUGCAUGCGUACCACGAUGGAUGUCUUGACUUGUUGAAUUUAUCUGGAUGGGGUUCAUAAAAUGAGUCUGGGAACUGCAUAAAGCUGUCUUUUUGUGGAGAACUUUUUACUUCAUUCAAAAAUUCUUGCGACUCACGAUAUUUUUGUCGUCUUCUUGUGCUUUCCUAUGGGAAAAUACAUAUACAGUGUGUGAGAUUUGAGUUAUCAAGUAUUUAUGUGUGUGCUCUGUAAGAAUGCUAAAUAAGUUUUUGUGUGUUUAUUUUGCCUGAUAAGUUAUUUUUAGAUCCUGGAUUUUAGGAGUUUAUAAAGUACUUACCAGCAUCA